ACCCAGAUUUAUUUAUUAUUUAAUUUGAGGAAAAAUACAAAACUGAAAUCGACGACAGCAACGAGGUGAAGCAGAAGACAACGACGAAAGAAGCAAAACAGAGACAGAGAAUAAGAGAAGUAUUUCUAUUUCCUAUUCUUCUCUUCCCUCUCUCUCUCUCUCUCUCUGUCUCUAGUGGUUGUUGUUGUUGUUUCUCUCUCUAAACAACAAAACACUAUAAGGGGUAGUAACUAUAGACUCUUCCAUUCUUCCACACACCCCCAUGUCAGUUAUGGGGAUUUAUGAAUCUUGAACGUUUCUGUUGUUUGCUUCCGCCAUGCCCUCACGCCAACCUCCGCCGCCGCCGUGGCGGCCUUUGGUUUCGUUAACCGCCACAGCACCACCGCGUCCACCUGAACCCCCAAAUACUGAACCAGCUCAGCCGCACAAUCACCACCACCAUCACAGCCACCGUAGCUCUAAGCUUAUUCUACCAAUCGCUGGUGGUGCUGCUGCUCUAUCUAUUCUUUUCUUUUUAGCCGUUCUCUACCGGAAAUUGUCUCGCAGUCGGACGGUUCCGGCCGAUCUGAAGCCGCCUCACCGCUUCUCUUACACUGUUCUCCGCCAUGCAACUUCUUCGUUUGCCUCCUCUAACCGCUUAGGCCAAGGCGGAUUUGGUUCUGUUUACCGUGGUACUCUCCCCUCCGGCAAGGAAAUUGCCGUCAAGAUCAUGGAUUCUGGCUCCUUGCAGGGGGAGCGUGAGUUCCAGAAUGAGUUGUCACUUGCUGGUAAGAUUGACUGCGACCGUGUGGUGACGCUCCUCGGUUUCUCCUGUCAUCGAAAGCGUCGACGGAUGUUGCUUGUGUAUGAGCUUAUGCAUAACCGGAGCUUGCAAGAUGCUUUGCUUCAUCGUAAGUGUCCAGAGCUGAUGGAGUGGAAGAAGCGGUUAGCUGUUGCAAUCGACAUUGCCAAAGGUCUUGAGUUUCUCCACACCGUCUGCGAUCCCCCUGUGAUUCACGGUGAUAUCAAGCCCAGUAACAUCUUGUUGGAUUCCUAUUUCUCCGCCAAGAUCGCUGAUUUCGGUCUCGCUCGAUUGAAAACUGAAAAUUCCGAUUCCGUCGCCGUUGAGAUUGUCGAGAAUGAUUCCAAGGGGAAGAAGGUAGAGUCAUCGGAAAAUAAUGGUGGCGGUGGAGGAGGAGACGAGAAUGGAUCUAUACUUGAAGAGACAGAGAGCGUGACUACCGGUUAUGAUGACGCCAAUGCCGGUGUGGACCACUCGCCGGAGAGUUUAAUCGGGGUUCCUGAUGCCGAAGCGUCACCGGAGACGACCUUCGUAGCAGAGGCGUCCCCUUCUGAGAUCUUGGAUAAGGCGAGCGUGUCGGAGGGUUAUUUAGAUAAACUUAGCGUUGAUAGUAGCAAGGAUGUAAUUAGUGGCGGCAGGGGAAACCGGAGGGGCGGCAAGAAGAAGAGUAUUUCAGGGAAAGACUGGUGGUGGCGUAAGGACAAUAAUGACGGAGGUGCUUCUGAAUCUGGAGGCGUGAAGGACUAUGUGAUGGAGUGGAUUGGGAAUGAGAUUAAGGAGAGACCCAAGAGCGAUUGGAUUAGAUCUUCAGCUUCUGCCGAUGAGGCUACGGGUACGGUUACUGUGAAGCCCAGUGGGAAAUCAGAACGGAAAAAACAGAAGCGUUUGGAGUGGUGGACUUCGUUGGACGAAGAGAAGAUCCCAAAGAAGGAUAAGAGCCGACCGCGGCGGGAGUGGUGGCGGGAGGAGUUCUGUGAAGAACUUACUGAGAAAAAGAACAAAAAGGGCUUAAAGUCCAGAAGCGGCAGUAGUGCAGGAGACCGUUGGUGGCAGAGGGAUGAGGAUUUGGUAUCCGAGAGGAGGAAGAAGAACCGUAGCCGGAGUAGUCGAAGCAGUGUGGAUUGGUGGUUAGAUGGGCUCAGCGGAGAUCUCAGGAACGGUGGUUGGCGCAAUAGCCAGGACUGGGCCAGUGGUGAGAUUCCCAAGAGUGGCGGUAUCAGCAGCACCCCAAGCAUGAGAGGCACCGUCUGCUACAUCGCUCCCGAGUACUGCGGUAGUGGUUAUCUCUCUGAGAAGUGUGACGUCUACAGUUUUGGGGUUCUUAUGUUAGUUCUCAUUUCCGGCCGACGGCCUCUCCAGGUGACUGCUUCACCCAUGUCGGAAUUCGAACGAGCCAACCUUCUUUCAUGGGCUCGUCAUCUUGCUCACGCUGGGAAGUUGCUGGACCUUAUCGAUCCAUCCAUUCAGUCUCUGGACAGAGUUCAAGCUCUUCUCUGCAUCACAGUUGCGCUUCUUUGCUUGCAACGCUCGCCUGCGCAUCGACCCUCCAUGAAAAAAGUUGUGGCGAUGCUUUCCGGUGAGUCUGAGCCUCCUCACCUACCUUUAGAAUUCUCCCCUUCACCACCCUCUAAUUUUCCGUACAAGUCCCGGAAGAAGGCUCGGGCAGUUAACUGACGUUUCUCCCACCACAAAACUCCCAUUUUCCAUUGUUAUAGACCAUUUUUAUUCACAUCUUAGAUGAUUUAUUUAUGUAACAAACCAAAGGAAAAGAAGAGGAAAUAUAUUUCAGGAAUUAUUUCACUUGUUCAGAUAA